GCAAAACUGCUUUAAAAGGAACUCAGCACACCAAAGAGUGAUUGAUUACACAGUCAACACAUCGGUGUAUACAAGCAAACAUGUUGGGACGUAUUGUUUUGGUACUCUGCUUGGCAGCUUUGGUAGGAGCUGCUGUCAUCCCUGGUGGCCCUAUAGAGCCAAAAUGCUAUAAGUACAAACUGCCCAAAUGUCCCCUUAAUUACAAGCCUGUGUGUGGUACUGAUGGAGUCACAUACCCCAACGAAUGCAUGCUGUGUAUUAGAAAUAUGGAAGACAACGUCAACACGUUAAUCUCCAAGAGGGGUGAAUGCUGAGAUGGAUCCACUCUUUUAUGCUCUGUAGAUGUAACAUGAAGGCUGGAACCACAUGCUGCUUGUCUUAAGAUAAUGGUGUUUGUCUUAAGAUAAAGUGUUUUUCCCCUGUUGUGUGUCAUGUUUAAAACAUUUGAAUUCUUUAAUAAAAACUUGCA